UGUGAAUGGAACUCGGCAUACGUUUCCGGCAAAAGAGAACUCAAUUAUUUUUUUGUUUUUAAUUUGCUUUUGUUUGUUCAAAAACCACCGAGAGUAAUGUUGUAAUGUGUAUUAAUAUCAAAGAAUAUGCAUUUUGUAUAAUGCUGUGAAAAGUAAUAACUUUGUGAUAGAAAUAUAUUCGUAUAACAUGUGAACAUAAAUAAUUACUCAUCGUCUUAAAUUGAAGGUGGAAUAUCCUAAAGAAAAUAACACGGAAUUCAAUUGUUUGAAAUAGUUUUAGUACUUAUCAAAAUCCGAAAAUGAUACAAAUAUAUGUACAGUGUUUGAUGUUAUAUUGCGGAUCGUAAAACAGACUUGUGUGUGUGUGUUUUUUUUUGAUAAAUUUUUAAUUCUUUUCCAACAAAGUACUGAACAAGAAAACAACGAACUAUCUGGAAAUUCUCAUAGCUCAGCAAGAAAACAAAAGUUUUUCGGGGCUACGCUGCGUUACCCUUCUAUCAUUCCAUUUGGUAUUUUGUAACGCGACUUUCGUUGUCGUACGUCCAAACACUCUGCUGCUUGCCAUUACAAUUGUAGACCUAUCAAUAUCGCAGCUGAUAUUUGCUGUUGACAACGCCGCAGCCGCUUGCCAGCCAAUAUUUAGUUUGUGUGGUGUAUGGGCGGGAGGCUAUUUAUGUGACAGCUGUUUUUUGUUGUGUUUUUCAAAUUAGCGUUGUCGACGAAGCUGCCAUCUCGCUGCACCCAACGCCUCAUCACUAUUAUCAACAACAACAUUGCCGAAUCAUCGUUGUAAUGUUAGCUAAACAAAACAAGAACAACAAAAACCAUACAACGAGCGCCACCAUUACCACCUCCAACAACAACAACUAUACUCAACGGAGAGAAACGCGCUGUCAUUUCAUCGUGGUCUCGCCCAAUUGCCCUAUCAUAUCAGAGUUUAUGCUCGAGUUUUCCUUGUUGGACUCGUUAGACAAACGGCCCAUCACAAAUAGACCCGCGAGAUGCAUGGAGUCAAAAGAGUUCUGAUAUUUUGCCUUCUCAUUGUGAUCCUGCCAGCUACUUUGAUUAUCAUACCAUUGUACCUGAGAAGAACGGUAUUUGCUGAUGUUGUUUAUCCGGUGGCCGAAUCGGACAUCAUUGAAAUUCGUGAUGGCAUUUCCUCGAUAUUCUGCCAACAGCAUUCUUUGAAAAUGAACAGCUACUUCAAUGCUUUCCAAUUGCGUAGCAAGCCGGAGAUAUCCUCUAAUCACAAGCACAUCCGUUUGAAAAAGUCCAUGACAUUGCCGGAUGACACAUUCGAAUAUUGGGGCUUUUACCUGUUGAAAGGGGCUCGGGUUUUGCUAAAAUUUUGUUCUCGCUAUGAGGGAUCUCGAAUGCUGGUGGUCAAAGGAGCACGUGAGUUGGAUACCUGCGGACUAUUGGAUCAUAAUAAAAAUAAAUUGGGGCCAAACUAUGCUCCCGGUGAACAUGAACAGGUGCGCGUAUUUUUUGAGGAUAUUACCGAAAUACCAGAUAAUCCACCCAGCAAUAUGACUGGGACACAAAAAAGGCCUUCUGCUCCUCUCAUGCCAGUGCCGGAAAAUCUAAUGGAAAUGGAAAAUAAAGGCGGUGAAGAUAUGUCCGACGACUAUGAAUAUGAGGAUGAUUCUAGUGCCUCGCCCACAACUACAACCGAAUCUCCACCACAAAGCCCCACCAAAGUGCUCAGAAAGAAGCUAAAGAAAGCUGAUCCCACUUCCCGAAAGUAUCAUGAGCACAAUGACAAUAGUCUCAAAUCCAAAGAAGAGGUAUCCAAGCCCCUGUCACAUGAAGAGUCCAGUGCGAGACAUAGGCGUUCCCACAGUCUAGUACAUAAAGAGCACCAGAAACGUCACUUAGAGGAUAAGGCGAAACGCAAGCAAAAGGUUUACGAUUUGCUAUAUAAAAAUCGUCCCAAACGAGAUCAUGUCUACGACCGUAAAUACACGCAUGGUGGCAAUGCCAUGAACUUCACCGAAACCGAUGAGUCCAAUUCCAUAUCUAGUUUUGAGACUGGCCUGCUCGAGUGCUUCAAAACGAAUAAGCUGUCCUUUGGCGAUUUUCCACCCAUAGCCGAAUGCACCAAUCCGCAUUUCCUGGAGAAUGGUUCACACCGCAUGCUGUCCAUACACGAGAUUGACGCUGAUGGCUACUACUACUACAUUUUCUACAGUGACAACGAUUUAGUACGUAACGAUAUUCAUGCGAUCUUCGAUAUUUAUAAGCCCACAUUUCAAUAUUCCAAUUUAAGUGAUUCUCAGGGUUGUGUCAAUGCCACCAAUUGUACCUUUCCCAUUGGCUUUCUCUCCGACGAAAUUGUCGUUGUUGAGGUGCCCACAAGGGAUGGCAUUGAGCACGAAGAAGACGAUAUCACCUAUUUGAUCUCAACAUGUCAUCCACGUACCGAAAUCUAUGCUAUAUUCCCCAUACUGGUGCUAAUUCUCAUAUUGAGCUGUUCAUUUUUAUAGGAUAUCCAUUCGUUGGUAGUGCGAGAGUUGUGAUAUGAGAAAACUGAAAACUGAGAGAGAAAGUUUUUAAAAGCGACAAGUUCGCUAUUAUGGCUUAAAUCCACCAAAUGAGCAUGAUUUUUGAGAGCUUUGUAAUAAGUUGAACUGAACACGGGUACCUGUCAAAAAACGAAAUUAAUUAUUAUUUUUCCCUAUAGUGAAAAAAAAACAAUCGCUCAUUUUUAUCUGUAAUGGGCCUGAACUGAUAUUGUUUUGCCUUGGCUUUUUGAAUUUUGCCAUACACGCCAGAACGAAAAUCCAACUGAAAUGUCGUUGGCUAAAUGUAAGAAAGAUUUAGAUGUAUGAAGACAAGUUAUGAAACAAUAAAAACAUAAAAUGAUCUCGAACCUCUUUUUAUAAUUUACAAAAAACGGCAACGAGCACCAGUCCUUUGUUUAACUUUUUCUAAUCACGUAUCAUAAUUGAAUACGAGUAUAUGCAAUGCAAAUUUGGCCAUGAACAUUUCAUUAAAGAACAGGGGCAAACUUCUCAUACAUCAACAAGUUCUCCCCGAUUCAAGUUUACGCCCAAUGACGGCCGUACUGCGAAACCUCUUUGGGAAGAAGAUUUAACAAGGCUGCAAUACCAUUUUUUCAAAUGGCAUAGUUCCUCACAAAUGACGCCAGCAUUAGGAGGGGAUAACUACCGCGAAUAUUUUUUCUGAUGUACUCGCCUGGACCUCCGCGCGAGAAACGAGUGAAAAUCUUGAGAUUAGCAAAUUGGCAAAACGCAUAAAGCAUUUCCAUUUCUUCGUUGGUGGGGAUGUUAUCUAUAUAAAAUAAUUGUGCUAUGUACACAUCGAUUGAAAACUACCUUUCCAAUCUAAAUGCAAUCAUGUGAUCCUUAACUUUGCAUUUUAUUAUUAAAGAAAACAAUUAAGGAAAGGCAAAAAUCGGGUUAAACCCACAAUAUAAUACCAUACACCUGCCCUAUAAGCGGAAAUUGGGAGCUGUAUCUUAGGUAUUUUGAUGAGUUAUAAAACAACCGAAAUCAAAUUUCAAGCAAAUGUGUUCAAAAUUAUAAUAACUACGGUUCUAUAAGUGCAAAAAAGGUUGUACAUAUGUAUACGGAAGCUAAAUAUAAAUCUGAACCGAUUUUGGUAAAAUUUAACAAAAAUGUCUAUAGUCAUAAAAGAACUACAUUUGCCAAUUUUCUUGACAAUCGGUUGACAAAUGGCUCCAUUAUUCUUUAGGUAUUGUAGUAGUCGUCGAGAAAAGCGUUGCGCAAAAUUUUGAGAAUGUUGGCUUAUAAAUGUGCUUGCAGUUGCUCUUGAAGUGAUAAUUUGACGACAUAUCUAUGGAAGCUAUAUCUAAAUCUGAACCGAUUUCUAAGAAGUGCAUCAGUGAUGUCAUAAAAUCCGUCCGCCAAUAUUUGAGCGAAUCGGUUAACAAAUGCAAUAUUAGCCUAAAUCGGACGAACAUAUAUAUGGCAGCUUUAUGCAGCUAAAUUUUACCCUAUUUAUUCCAAUUUUAAUAUGCUUCGUCUCUAGGCCGAAAAUAUGCGAAAAAUUGCGACCUGUACUUUGUACUGUACGGACAGACAGACGGACAUAGCUUAACGAAUCAGAAAUUCAUUAUGAGUCGAUCGGUAUACUUAUCCAGCACUAGCUCUCUUCCUUCUGGGUAUUACAAAUACACAUAGUCAUAAUACCCUUUACCACAGUAGUUGUGUAGGGUAUGCAAAUCGUUUAAUGAAGGUCUAAUAUCUUUAAAGGUUAGGAUAUUCACCUUGGGGCAAAGACAACGUGUAUCAAAGUUGUGUUUUUAACUUAAGAGCCUUACUAAUCGGAGCGUCUCCAAGUGCUAACAUUUUAAGAGUUAAGAUGUAAAGUUUAAAAAUCGGAUUUCAAAAGAAAUGUCUCGAAAUCAUUGCCAAAAUCCUACAAUCAAGGACAAAAUUCUUUAAUUAUUUGUGCUAUUUGUAUACCCAACACCACUACUAGGGCACAGGGUGUUAUAAUUUAGUGCAUUUACUUGAAACAUUCGAAAAGAAGAGUGAUAGACCACUUUUCAAGUAUACAGGUUGACUUAGAAGCACUUUCAGAUUCGAUUGAGCUAUAUCCGUUCGUCUGUCCAUGUUAAAUUUUCAUCAAAGUACAAAUCGCAAUUUGUAUCUGAUCAUCUUGAAAUGUAGCACAGACUUCUAUUUUGAGCUAGAGGUAAAGCCUAUUGAAAAAUGGAAAAAACCGUUUCAGAUUUAGAUAUAGCUUUCGUAUACAUGUUCGUCCGAUUUGAACUAACAUUGCUAUAACGUGGUAAAUUGUUUAGAUUUUUCCCAAAAUUGUGCACAAUGUCUUCUUCUGGCCACCUCCCGGUGUCUUCCAUAUAUAUAUAUAUAUACAUGAUUGUCCGCUUUAAGUAAUAUUGCAAUAAUUUAGUAAUUUUUGAAUCGCUUCUCGUGACUAGUGAUAACAAAAUCGGUUCGGAUUAAGAUAUAGCUACCAUAUACGUCAAUGCAUCGCCCGAUUUGCACCAAUGAACCCGCAAACCUAGAAAAAUAGACUGCUGAUACUAAUUUUUUAAAACUUUUAAAUGAACCCAUUUAAGUUAGAAAUUUUUGAACUUCUUAACAACAAUUAAUAUAUAUUUUAUUAAAAAAAAUUGCCAAUUUUAGGCGUUCAUUUUUUGUUAAAAAGCAUAAAUAUAAAAGUAUAAGUUAAUUUGUCCACCGUAUCGCAGAGGUUAGCAUGUCCGCUUAUGACGCUGAACACCUGGGUUCGAAUCCUAGCGAGAAUAUCUGAAAAAAUGUUCAACGCAGGUUAUGCCCUCCCAAUGCUGGCGAGGCGGAGGCGCCUUAUUAUUGACCUUCAAACUUAAUCGGACAGCAAAUAUGCAUUUGCAGUUAUUUUGUCAGCUAUUCUUUGAAUUCAUUCAAAUAUAAGAAAAUUGUAGUAAAAUGGAAAAAAUGUAAAUAGAUGGAAUAAAUUUUUUUUAAAUUUUCAUGACAUUUUUUAGCUUUCUUAAAUUUUACCAUUGGAAACAGCAAGAAAUGUUUGUUGUUUUAGCAAAAAAAUUGCUGCUGUCCCAUUUUCAUUUGACUUUCUGUGUUACAGCAAACAUUUUUUAUGUUUUUACUAACAACUUUCUCUUAGUGUAGUUAUUGCAAUUUCCAAAAUAAAUUUUAGUAGAGAAAUUUAGUAGAGAUGAUUUUAAAAAUUCUGCUAAAAUUCAAGAAAAUCAGUUCCUAAUUGCAUAUAAGCGUCCAUGAAAUUAUAUCGCCCAAAUAAUAUUUAAAUGAUAGGUGAAGGGAACUAUGUAGUCGGCACCGCCGAAUUUUGCUUUACCCUACUUGUUUUUUAGGAAUGGAAUAUGCUAAACGCCUAUGUUAAAAACUUGACAAUAGGUUAAGUUAGGUUUAUGUGACAAUCUGCUCACUUAGACGACUACUUCGACUUCGUCGAUACCACAGGAAAAGGAAAAGCAAGAUGCCUUCUAGAUCAUACCGUUGAACUAUCCAGAUCGCUUUAGAAAGCUAAACAACUUGCGAAGGUUCACAUUCAGACAAGUUCUCACUCACAUGCAGCAGGGGUUCAAUCGUCUUUUCUUUUUUGACGUCCUUACAGAUUCUUCAGAUGUCUUUACUUGCAACCUUCAAUCUCCCUUCAAUCCCUUGGGUUAUCUCUGUGGGCGGUCACCCAGAAGAGGUGAAUUUUGAACUGUUCAGCCAUCUCAUUGCGACAUCUGCGACAGUCAAGGGCGCUUGUUGAAUUCUUUAAUUGCAAGGAAUUUAGCUUAAUACCCAAUUCAGUGAUCGGGUAACCUUCUCCAUAUGACCAGUCCAAAUUCUUCAGAAUACACCCGUUUGGAACCAUCCGUACUUAAGUCUAUGUACUAUCUACUGCCGGAGUUCCAAUCGGUUCUAUCAAGAGCAAUGGUACAGUACUUCUACAGUCCUGUCUGGAACAUCGGGCAUAGUAUCAAGGAUAAGACAAUGUCCGUAGAUGUUGUCAUCAUCACUGCGACUGUGAUGUAUGAUGAUGAAGCGCCGACCUCCAGACAAUGACACCAUAUACCAGUAUAUAUCCAGUUCAUGAUAGGUGAUUAAAACCCCUAACUUUUGCUAAUGGCUCCCUUGCAGGUUUAUAGGGCAAGAGUUGCCUUUCUUACCCUUUCCAAAAUGUUUGAUGUCAAUUUCCUGUCCAGCACGCAUCUAGGUAUUUUGCGCUUUCAGGUGCCACUGUGGGUAAUUUGUAUGUCUUGUUGAAAAGAACUACUUCUGUCUUAGGGCUGGUAUACUGUUCUGCUUUGGGAAUGGUUGCUGAAAUUUUUAAUAGUUUCUCUAGCGAAAUUUGACAGUAAUCAAAUGUUUUUGUUUCCACACCAAAACUUUUAAAAUUUUCGCCAAUUUUUUUAUUUUGGAGUUUGACAGCAUUUCGCGUGAAACGAUGAAGUCUAUACUGUAUACCACUUCGCUGUCGCACGUAGAGCUUCCAGAAUUUAUCAGCAUACGCGACUACUUUAAUACCCUUUUUCCAGAGACAAUAUAUAUUUUAACAAUAUAUUGUAAAUGGCUAUGUUCCAGAGCAGAGGAGACAGUACAAUUCCCUAAACUAACUCCUACAACUAACCCAUCUUUUAGAACUAUAGAUCCCAAGCCUGCAUUCAUGCAUUUUUUAAUAAGUAAGUUGUUAAUAAAACAUUUUACGUUAAUAAAACAUUUGUUGAUGCCUAGAAACUCCAGCUUCUUCAUGAUUGGGGUCGGUUUUACAUUAUUGAAAAGCCCUGCAAUGUCAAGAAAUGGCACCUUUGUAUAUUCCUUGACAGCGAGAGAAUCCUAUCAUGGCGAUAUCAUCAAAAAUAAAAUUUCAGCGAUGGCUAUCUUCUCCUUGUGUUGGCAACACUUGUGAGAUAUUGACCUUUAGUAAUCAGCCGUUUAAACUUCUCUACUGAGUGGUGUCGCUCGACUUUCGGGGUCGGCAAUAAAAAGAAGUUCCUUUAUCAUUGAGCUAAACUUUUAUUAUUGUAAAGCACUCAUUGAUAUGAGAGAGACGUUUGGAAUGUUUAUGAGCAAAUUUGCAAUUCGAGUGGGAAUGGAAUAUUUCGAUGUUUGACCAAUGGAAGGCUUCUGUAUCGCAGAGGUUAGCAUGUCCGCUUAUGACGCUGAAUGCCUGGGUUCGAAUUCUGGGGAGAACAUCAGAUCAGAACAUCUCCUUAUGCUGGCGAUAUUUGUGAGGUACUAUGAAAUGUAAAAACUUGUCCCAAAAUCGGCGCCGCACUUCGGCUUGACGUUCGGACACAGCUUUAUAAAGGAAAUCCCUUAUCAUUGAGCUUAAUCUUGAAUCGGAAUGUUCAUGGCCAAAUUUGCAAUUGCCAAUUGGAAUUACAAAACUAAUAUACUUACAUCCUAUACUAUCCUAUACUAAUAUACUUCCAUCCAAGUAGAAACCCGUUAAGUUCAGCUUGGACGAAUCUUAUUUACCUUUCUUUGAAUGAUUUUUUCACAUAGUCUCACACUAAACUCUAGCAAGAUUUUGCUAGAGCGAAAUUUAAAUACUGACCUUAUAAGCAUUGCAGUGUUUGCACCACUAGUUGAUAUAUUUAUGUAUAAAAACUGGCACUAUGUUUUUUUAGCGGAAAAUUUUUCGAAAUCUUUCUUUCGCUGGUUUGACGGAGGUACCACAUUCGAUUUUUAUACCCUCCACCAUUGGAGGGUAUAAAAAUCAAACAGUAUGACUAAUUUCGUCAUUCUGUUUGUAACUAUUCGAAAUAUUCGUCUGAGACCCCAUAAAGUAUAUAUAUUCUUGAUCGUCGCGACAUUUUAUGUCGAUCUAGCCAUGUCCGUCCGCCUGUCUGUCGAAAGCACGCUACCUUCCGAAGGAGUAAAGCUAAAAUACUUCUUAUUAUCGGUUUGAAUGAAAUUUUGCACGUAGAAUUUUGUUAUGAUAUCCAACAACUGUGCCAAGUAUGGUUCAAAUCGGUUCAUAACCUGAUAUAGCUGUCAUAUAAACAGAUCUUGGGACUUGGCUUCUUGAGCUUCUAGAGGGCGCAAUUCCUAUCCGAUUUGGCUGAAAUUUUGCAAGACGUAUUUUAUUCUUACUUUCAACAAUUGUGUCAAAUAAGGUUCAAAUCGGUUCAUAACCUGAUACAGCUCCCAUAUAAACCGAUCUGGGUUCUUGAUUUCUUGAUCCUCUAGAGGUCGCAAUUAUUAUCCAAUUUGCCUGAAAUUUUGUACGAAGGAUUCUCUCAUGAGCAUCAACAUACGUGUUUAUUAUGGUCUGAAUCGGUCUAUAGCCCGAUACAGCUCCCAUAUAAAUCGAUCUCUCUAUUUUACUUCUUGAGCCCCCAAAGGGCGCAAUUCUUAUUCGAAUUGGCUGACAUUUUACACAGGUCUCCAACAUAUAAUUUAACUGUAGUCCGAACCGGACCAUAUCUUGAUAUCGCUCUAAUAGCAGAGCAAAUCUUUUCUUAUAUCCUUUUUUGUCUAAGAAGAGAUGCAUGGAAAAGAACUCGACAAAUGCGAUCCAUGGUGCAGGGCCGAACUUAGCACGCUUUUACUUGUUUUUGUAUUUUUGGGCACCAUUUUUUCGCAAAAAAAUCAUUUUUUCGGUAGACAAAAAAAAGUUAUGGCGAAACGAGCAAAUUAUUCCGUUUGUUUUUUUAAAUGGAAGUUUAACGCGAAAAUCGAACGUAUUAUCAACCUUUAUAUGUUAACUCUUUAUUUUGACACCCUCAUUGUUUACAAUCGAGAAUGGUUAAUAGAUGGCUCAAAUGAAUGUCUUGUUGUUUUUUUGCUAGCAAAAAUUUCGGUAGAAGAAAGAAUUGCGGCAUUUUUCAGAAGAUCGGUUUAAUUGGGAGCUAUAUCAGGUUGAAGAACGAAAAGGACACAUUUUGCACAGAUGCUGAAAGUCAUAACAUAACAUGAAUGUAUUUGCUAUACUUUACAGGGUCUUAGAACUCGCAUAUAACUAUUUGAUUACUAUUACAUUAGCUAGCUAUGACAGAACAAUUGUCCCAUUAUCCGAAUGUAGAAAAGGUUUCCAAAUAUAGGCUGGCAGGGUUUUUUGACCCUACUAAAAAGUUCAAUCCCAACUGUAGCCCAACCCGGACCAUAUUGAAAUGUAGCUCUUAUAAAAGACAGUUUUCCAAUAUACCUUUUUGAGUCUGUAGAAGACUUUAUCAAUGAAAUUUUACAUGUCACUUGCAAGUUACUUCAACUAAGCAUGCUACAAAAACUAUGAUCUUUAACAUAUUUUUGAUAUAUCGCCUAUAGAGGAUAUAUAUCGAAAAUAUCUUGGCUUUUUUGCUUCUAAACCAUUUUAGAGUGUGCCUUUUGCAAUGUUGGGCUCGCUGUUCACACAUUUGGACCAUUGUAACAUUCUGUAUUUUCAAGCAAGUGUGACAAAAGAAUCGGCGAAUAUGUUGCGUUUAAACUAUGACAUUAAUGUACAUAUGCUGCAACAUAUGUAAUGUCUUCUUAGUAUAUUUAUAUCUCUCACUCUUUUUUCAUGAAAGUACUACCCAUUUUUAAUUAUGCUACAAAAGAAAUCAUAUCUCACAACUUCUAUGUUUCAAGAACUACAAUACCUGUUCACAAAUUGUAAACUGUUUUAAAGAUUUUAUUUUCUUAGGCAAUUUAUUGUAAGAAGGUGCUAUUUUUUAAUGAAUUGUAAGUAAAUAAGCAUUUAUGCAUCAAUUGAAUUUCAUGCUUCUCGUCCACACAACCGUAUCUUUCUUUCAAUUACGUUUUUUUUGUUAUGUUAGCAAAUAAUAUUAAUAUAUUGAUUAAAGCGAUAUACAUAUACCUGAUACUGAUACACUAUUUAGACUUAAAGAAUAGACAUAGUCUGAAAAAGAAUAGAAAUACAA